AGCUGCUACAGCGUGAUCAGCGUGAUAGCAUGGCACGCUUUCCUAACUUUUUAUCAUUAAAAACCCUCACUGUCAUAUCCUUCUAUCCUUCGUAGAGGCAGCCCAUGUUCCGCGUUCCGCGCCGAGCAUCACGGCGGAUGCUGUCUCAUUCAAAGGAAUAAGCCUCGGCAUAUCUCCUCGCCGUCCUUGCAAUCCGGUGAUAGGCUGGCUAGGCGCCUGGCUGGGCUGGCUAUUUGCAGCUUCGCAAACAUGCACCAUAAACGCGCUACAAAACGAGGUGAGAGUCAAGUCAGAUAGCUUAACAUCUAGUUUCUGUUGACCCAGUUCUAUCGGAUUGGGUUGCCUCGCUGGAAUUGUGGGCGUGUGCGGCGUGCGUGCCGAUGGUUGAUAACCCGUAACAACAACACGGAGGCACGGACGGAUGUGUUGUCACUUUUGCCUCGGCUGGGACAUUACUGACGGGCCAAGGAAGACAAAAUGAUACCGCCUCGAGAUGGAACUCCCAGCUUCCUCGUUGUCAAGCUCCAGUCCGGCGUCAGAGGACGAAGAAUGUCCUGAAAAUACGCGGCACGAAGCCGAACCAGCCGGAGAUCGUGCGUCUACAGAGCUACUUUCACAUAAGACGCGAUGUCUGGAAGGCCCCCAAGGCGGAAGCACGGGCCCCCAGGGACCUGACAGUGACACUGGUGAUGUGCCCGCAGAUCAUGUGCAGCCGGUGUUUUUGAAGGAGUUUGCUCCACUGACACACAUCCUGAACCAGAUACCUCAGCACGCCCAAAGGGGCUUGAACAAAGUGGACCUCAAGCUCACCUGCCUCGAUGUCAUAGCCGAAUACCUUGCCGUUGGCUCCAAUGCAGGUGUGGUGUUCUUGUACGACCGUACCAGGAACACAGUCACAAGGCUAAAAUGCUCGGACGUGUACGACACCGUGACUUGUGUCUCUAUUGUUGCGUCUGUGGACUUCAUGGUGGCAGCAGGAUGUCAGAGCGGGCGUUGCGUCGUCUACCAAAUUCCAAUGGAAGGCACACGAUCAAAGAUGGAGAAAUACCUAAUUGAGAACAUUCACCGCACAUCUGUCACCUGCAUCUGCUGGAGCCCCAACGCCAUGAAGAUCUUCAGCGGUGACGCUGGAGGCCUUGUUUCCUGUACAGAAAUCGAUUACGAGCAGCACCUGAGCACAACGAAGAAAAUCUUUUCGGAGGAGCACCCCGUUGUGCAAGUGGACUACGUCCCACAGCUGCUCCUGGUGUCAACGAUGCGGCGGACGGUCGUCUGCCACCUGGCCAAGGGCAAUGUUGUGAUUCAGUUUGGACAGCGAGAUCGUAAGAGCCCGGGAAACUUCGGGGCCUGCUUUGCGCCACAGCCGUUUGGCGAGCGGCGCGUCACGGUGUGGGCCUGCCGGCCCAAGAUGCGGCUGUGGCGGGGCACCCCGGAGGGGGUGGUGCUGGAGACCCUGCUGCUGCAGGACUCGCUGGGGCGCACGCCCUUCACGCCCCAGACGCUGCACCUGCCCAAGGGCUCCUGCCUGGACAAGCUGCCCGAGGCGCAGUUUGGGCCCCUCAGGCCCUACCUGGACGGCCUGCUGCUCACCUGGAGCAACGAGGCCUUCUUCGUCGUAGACCCCCAGGCGCGGGCGUUUGCUGUGGUCUGUCCCGGAUUUGUGAACAUCACGGACGUGGCUGUGUGGGGGGACGAAGUGUUUGUGCUUCAGGCGCGGAGGCACAUUGUGCGCCUGGCAUCCCAUCCGGAAGAAAUCUGCUGGUCCCUCUCUGAAGAGAGCGACAACCUGCUGCCAGACAUGGCUACAAUCAAGAACACACUGGCGACGCCCUUGGCAGAGAUCGGAGCGCUCAUCAAGGAACACCGCGUCACCAUUCCCGACACCCCCGUGCUGCAGCUGUUCAAGGGAAAAGCAAACGGCUUUGUCCUCGACUGGAUCCGGCAGAAAGCGCCACAUGGAAGGUCGCAAAAUGAGUCGAUCAAUGGCACGAAGUUGCGGGAACGAGCGGAUUCUGUGGAAGCCAGUUCCGUGGGCGGCAAAUCGAGUGGUACUGUUUUGGGAACCGGCAUGCGGAACUCCUCUUCUGCCAACGCCUUGACUGCAUUGCCGCCGUGCGAGACCGCAGCGCCGACCUUUGGGAGGGUCAGCAGCUUCCAAACGCUGCUGUUUCUGGACGAGCCGGAAGCGGAGGAAAGCAUAGUCUUCAACGCCAAGAAGACCAAAUCAAAAAAGUCUGGUACCUCAAACAACUUGACUGUCCCGAAGCAGUGUCCCCCGUCACCAAAGAACCAGCGUCCAUCCCCCGUCCCGACCUACGACGAGGUGUUCUCGUCCCAUCACGCCACCGGCGGGCUUGUUCCGCAGGGGUCGAGCCCCCUCAACCCAAGCCCCCUCAACCCAAGCCCCCUCAACCCGAGCCCCAAAAGUUCGGAGCGUCCCCCGCCUUACGAUGGGCCCGAGGACGAGAUGCUCUCGCAGAUCCUAAGCAGGUUCGGCCAGCUGAAGCGGAACGAACUCCUCGGGGACACAGCGCCGUCCCCGCCGCAAGAAGACUCGUCUCGUUCAUCGUCGUCUACGCCUCCGCCAGCCGAAGCUGCGACCGAACCGGAGGUGCAGAGUUCGUCGUCCAGCCUCUCGGGCGACGCCGACCAGUCCCCGGAGGACGACGACCUCGAACAGUCAUCCAUAGAAGACAUUUAUAGGAAGCCAGAGGAUGACAAUGCGAACUUCGCAGAGCCUGCACCCUCUCCCGUACCCGACGUCUGCUUCCAUGGCAUCGCCGAGCCGCGAUUCCCUCACUACGACCUCCACUGGGCCCAGGUGAAGGGUCCCGGCUCGGUCAUGUGCCUGGCCGUCUGCGACGGCUACCUAUGCUGCGUGGACAGCAGGGACAAUGUAUUCUACUCGAGGCACUGGGGGCGCGAGUUCACGUGGAAGAAGGGCUCGCGCCCCACAAACCGUCUGGCACUCUCUCCUUCCGGCGGCACAUUGUGGACGUUGUAUAAGGAGAGACUGUACGCCGCGAGGUCGCCCAUGAAGGACGAGCCGCUUUCGCUUGCCUGGGACGAGGUAGUUGGAGGGGUGGCCAGCGUCGGCGUUACCGAGACUACCGCCUGGUACGUCUCCACGUCUGGGGAGGUCUUCAUGUGCCCUAAUACCGCAACAAAUGGGAGGCCGCCGGCAUUUCGUAUGGUGUCCUGCUUCGUGAAAGUACAGCAAGUGACUUGCUACGAUGACAUCGUCUGGGUACUGACUGCCGAGGACCACCUGUUGGCUCGCGAGGGAAUCUCUGAUAGGACUCCCUGGGGUAUCAGCUGGGUGGAUGUCACUCUCCCUUCGAAGGCCAGUCCCGCCUGCAUCUCCCUGGGCUACAACUGCACAGGGUGGCUCAUCGACAGCGAUGGCAACGUCUUCUUUAAGACCAACCUCAAAAAUAGCUCUCCGCGGGGCUACAACAACACUUGGUGGCAGAUGGACCUGAACGAGUUUGUCUACCAGUUCUCGCCACCUCUCAGCAAGAUGCACAAGAACUUGAGUUCCGUCUUCAGCGCUGACAAGAUCUCUCACAAGGUACUGGGCCGAGGCAAGUGGCUGCUGGCAGCCGGCAAGCACGGAGUCUGGUUCUGCGAGAGCACCUCUACACUCAUCUACACCUGCAGACGGGACAUAACAGGUUACUUCUGGGAAAAGGCUCACGUCAACUGGCUUCCACAAGGCUCAAAGUGGUUGGAGCUCGCAGCACAGGGAGUCUUCAAGGACCAAGGCGUGGUUUGGGGCCGCCAGAGCGGUGGCCGCCUGGCGGCCAUCUCCCCCGUCCUGCGCAAGUGGUGGCAUGUGGCCCUCCCCAAGACAAAGGGAGGGGAAGACGUGACAGUAACGUGCGUGGCCCCCUCCCCCGAGUCCCUCUGGGUCCUCACGUCAGCCGGCGAGAUCCUGGUGAGGACGGGGCAGAACCCGGACUGCCCUCUGGGCAACAGCUGGGCCAUCCUGGACCUCGCACAGCUGGGCGGGACCCAGCUGGUGCACCUGAGCUGCAGCUAUGACACGGUGUGGGCGUGCGACUCCAAGGGUGUCGUGUACAUGAGGUUGGGGUCCCUGCGACCCCCCGCAGAAAGGACCCUGCCCCCCGCCUGGGUGCCCGUCGAGUCGGGCUACCAGGAGGACUCGCCCUUCGUCUCCGCGUCUGCAUCAGACAAAGCCUUUUCGUUGCCAUUUGAGAUUUCAAGGUUUCUGAGACCCCACCUCACGAAGGUGUACGUCGGGCCCCAGAACUUCAUGGUGUGGGCCAUAGACAGCAAGAAGCGGGUGUAUGUGCGGGAGGGCAUCUACCCCGAGCUGCACAUUGGCACCAGCUGGGUGGAGGUGCCGGGGGUGCAGGCGCGCCAGCUCUGCCUCAGUGAGAAGGCAGUCUGGGCAGUGACUCCGACGGGUGAGAUCUUCCGCCGCUUCAACAUUUCUAACACCAACUUCGUCGGCGACUACUGGAAGCGGAUCCCGGGCCACGUGUCAACGCUUGCAGCGUCGAUAGACGACAGGCUGUGGGCCGCCAGCCUAGACGGAUGUGCCCUGCAACUCCUGACGUGCACGCUGCCUUCCCGUGUGGAGCAGUUGGAGAGGCUGGCCUUCUCCACUUCCACCGAAAAGUCAGACUCUGACACGGACGGCUGGGAGGUGGUGUGACCCAACCAUGACCAAACUUCCCAUGGAUCUUGAGUGCGUGGGCAGGAGAGCUUUCAUUCUAUUGACCGGCUCUUGCAUGAUACUGGUACAUUUGUGCGACACUUGUACAUGAUUGGUCGACUCUCGCAUGACACCCAUAUGUGCUGCCUUUUAAUCCAAGUGUUGUGUAUUUCUAGAUAAGAAAGUAAACCUUGCGUCUCAGGACCAGCAAGCUGCCUUGUAAGCUGGUAACUUUGCACACCACACUUUAUCAAUAUCUUAUUCUUGAGGCCUUGAUGGCUAGGGCAAUCUGCUUUGCAACUUGAUUUUUCUAUCCAUAGCAAUAAUUUUAUCACAGACAAGAAAAAAAAAAAAAAGUGGCAGACGAAAUGAGACGGGAAACAAUAGAAUAGGUUGAAGGUGGUCUCCUUUCUUGGUAUUUUCAUCUUGAGGUGACACCAUUUUUUUUUUUUUUAUCGUGCUUGAGCAAAAAGUGGACUGUGAUUUUGUCUCUGAAGUUUUGGAAAAACGUUGAGCCGGUAGUACAAUGCCGACUGCUUUAUGGAAUGCGUCAGUGUGUUGACAAUAUUAUUUUUCUAGAAGCUUUUGAUAGCCACCCUUUACCAUGUUGCCAUGUAUCACUUGAAUCUGAGGUUGUUCAUACACUGGUUGAUUGAAAGCAAUACUAUACCUCUUGUACCUUUGCUAUCCUGUGAUAGUCCUCCCUCAAGUGUUGUAAUGAAACGUACCAUUUCAGCAAUUUAUUCCAAAGAAGCAUGAUCUGUUGCGAGCUUCAGUGCUACUCCACAGAAUCCUGUCCAGUUCUUUUGAACCGCAUUAUUUUCCUUAUUAUAUUUAUAAUCUUUAUUCCUAACCAUAUGACUUCAGCAUCUGAUGUUGUAGGGUGCAGUAAUACUAGUAUUACAACACCUUGUGUUCGGGAGAAAAGAGAACCACGUUUUUCUCGCUGCAAAAAUGAACUAUGCAUUGUGGAACGCUCAGUCUCUGUCUAAAUGUAACGCUAGCAGUUGGGAUAUAUGCCAAAUUUUUAGAACUUACCGUACCCGACUAAAAAAUUACAAGCAUUGUUUGAAAAUUUGAACGAGGGAUUGGGGGCUGUUUCCGGUAGCAGAUGCCAUUCAUCUCCAUGCAUUCAUGGGCUCCGUUGGCCGCUAUUUCCAUAUUGAAGAUUUUCAAAAAUUGCUUGUAAGUUUUGAAUGAGAUAACAUUAAAUUUAGAAACUUUGGCAUAUUGUUCUAACUGUGAGUACUAGAGCGGAGACUGGGUGUUUGGCGAUGCAGAGUUAAUAUUAAUUUUUUUACGGUGUGAAAAACACAGUUCUAUUUCUCCCAAAACACCCGGUACUCUAGACUUUAGCUCCUUGGGAAGGUUUCGAGUUGGAACAUGAUUUGGGAAGAAUACUCUAGCCUUUGCAAGUGUAAUGACUCCUCUGCAUAUUUGUGAGGUUUGUGGCUAUAGGUCACUGCUAAUCUCUCCUUUUCAUUAAGUACUGUGAAAUAAAAAAUUUUUACAUUCA